AUGGCCCCUUACUCCAUUCUUUCAAUUGGAUGUCAUCCCAAUAUUGCAUUUUAUAAUUGGAGGUUAAAUGCUUCUAAUUCCGUUGAUUUGUCCUUGGUUGAAUCAACCGAUUUAUCAGAUGCGUCCUACCAACCUAAUGGAUUGCCAAAUCAAACAUUCUAUUCUUGGUCUUCCGAGCAGUUUGGUAACGAACGUUAUUCUUUAAAUAAUGUAUUCAAAACCCUUGAUGACUACAUUCUUCAUGCUAAAAAUAACCAUUUGGAUUUUAUCUUUUUAUCUGCAAUUUCCUUACAAUCAUUGUCUACAAUUUGCUCUUCUUUGAAUCAGAUCAUCAAGUAUCAACUGGACAAACACAAUGUACCAACAAUCAUUGUCGAGUCAACUAACUUUGUUAAUUUGGAACCUUUUGUCAAAAUGUCCUUACAACUGAAUGAGAAUGAUGCCGAGUUGGUUCCAAUCAUAUCGAUAAUGUCCGACUUCGAUGUCAGAGAAGUUGGAAAUAAAAACUUUUUGCUAUACAAGUCUAAGAAGGAAUCUGAAUUAGUCUAUGUUGGUAAGUCCGGAAGGGAAAAUAGCUAUACAUCAAUUGAAAUUGGUCUUAUUAACAAGAUUGCAGAUUUGUUUGAAAGUGCUAAAAUUGAUGUUUAUAAAUUGAACACUCCUCUGGAAUUCUUAUCUUACCAAUGGAAAUUUGCAUUGCCUAAAAUUACAGUCGAACCUUUAUCGAUAAUUUUUGAAAAUCCCUUCCCUUCUGAUUUACAAAGACAAAUUUUGGCUAAACCCCUAAUCUCCGGUUUAAUUUUUGAAAUUAUCACCGUUAUCAAGACAAUGGGUUGUAAACUAUUCAAUUCAUACGAUAACGAAGAUUCUCUAUUGUUAAGACUAUCACAAUUAUACCCUCCUGUUAAACUUAGUGAUGAUGCAUCGGAAGCUCCUAAAUUAUACUAUGAUUUUUUCAAUCAAAAUCAACUAUAUUUGGAUCUUUUAUUAUUACAACCUAUUUUAAUUGCUGAUGAUUUCCAAGUCAAGACCCCUUACUUAGAAUUUCUUUAUGCGGUCAUGUCCAAAUAUAACACUAAUAAUUUUUCAACUUUAGAUAAUGAAACUUCAAUUUUUUGGUUACGUAAGAAUUCAGAGAAUGUUCGUCAAUUAAAACUAAAGCAGGAUGAAUUGGUUUUAGAGAAUAGUCUACGUGAAAAGAAAAUUGCUCAGAAUCACCAAUUAUUAUCUAACCCAUCUCCUCCUUCUACUUCUGCUUCAAAUAUAAAUAACCAAGCUAUUCCUCAAAAUCGGUUGAGUAAUACACCACCUAGAGCUCAGUAUCAACAAAAGACUUUGAACAGGUCAUCAACGGAUCCUCAAAUUGAUCCUGAAAUGGAAGAGUUGUCUGAUAUGGUCCAAUCGUAUGGUGUUAUCAACCAAACUCCGAACUCUUCGAGUAGAAGGCAGUCGGUUGGAAAUUUACAACCUCCCUUCACAAAGUCACAUCAACAGGAUGCACCAUCCCCAAAUUUGGUUCCUCAACAGAGUUUACCUCAUGGAUUGCCUCCUCAAGGGUUACCACCAAAUCAACAGCUAUUUAAUCAGUUACCUAAUCAACAACCUCAGGGUCGUAAAAGCUAUUAUGGUGGACCUCCUCCACAACAACAGCAACAACAAAUGAACAACUAUCCACCAAUGCAUCAGCAUCAGCAGUAUUCUCAGCAAUUCCAACCAGCCAAUCCAUAUAGUUCAAGAGACGAUGUUUCUUACAUGUCUCGUACAAGUCACAUGAAUGGUCCUGGUGGCAUGAACGGCAUGGGCGGCAUGAAUGCUAUGAAUGGCAUGGGUGGCAUGGGCGGUAUGGGUAGCAUGAACGGUAUGAAUGGUAUGAAUAAUUUUGACACUUCAUUUAAUAGCAUGGGCUCAGCUAAUGCUGUUCCAACUAUGGGAAACAGACAAUUCAAACCAACGUCACGUAAGAGCUCUCGUAAGAGUACAGCCAUUAUGGCGAACCAACUGGUGAAUGAAUAUCCUGGAAUGACCCAGUCCCGUUCUAAUUCAAACAUGUUACAAUUGAACCGUAUGUCCAUGAAUCCACAGGGAAACAUGAGGGGUAACGCAUCGUCUCAGAAUUUGAGACAGAUGCCAUCCAACUCCAACUUCAAGAAACCUCAAGGAAUGUCACAAGCACCAUCACAAUUUGGUGCAGAGGCUUCAUUAUCCCCACCUCCAAUGAAUGGUAGUGGUAGUGAUGGUCCAUCUAACGGAAGUUCUGGUAGUUUACCAAAGCAAGCACCUGUUGACUUAGUUCCUGUUCCUGAAGCAACACCUGCUCCUACACCUGCAUAUAUUCCUCAAUCAAAGGAAAAUGACGAGAAGAAGAAGAAAAAGAGAGGUUUCUUGGGAAUCGGCAAGAAAAAGUCAUGA